GCACAGCAGCUAUCACUAAGAAUCACUAUCUUCUUGACUGAACUGGAUCUCCCAGUAGAAACGACUCGUUGGCCCCUUGAUACACCCAGACGCCUAUACUAUAUUAUUUGAAGCAAUAGGUUUUGUCAAAGAGCUUCCUGGGAAUAUCUACCAACCAUAUCUCCGUACUGGAAUCCGGCCCCUCUAAUACAUACUAUCAACAAUGUCGUCUGCUGUAGCAGAACUGGACAAUUAUCUCCAGUCUAUGCUUGCCCUUAAGCCUCCUGGUGUCUCAGGAUCUAAGAUCAACAGUAUAACGUCGCUUUGCACCGCAAACGUUCAGAAUGAAUCCGUUCUUAUCCAGAAGAUCUAUACACACUUCAAGAAGGCUCCGGGAACACACAAGUUGGGCGUACUCUAUGUCGUAGACUCUGUAACUCGACAGUGGGUAGAAGCAGCGCGCAAGGCAGGUCAACCAUCUGGUAGUGCCGCUCCUGAUGGAACCUUCGCCGCUGGUGUUAACAGAGUGACCGAAUUACUACCUGUCUUGAUGACUGAUAUCAUAAACAACGCUCCUGAGGAUCAAAAGGAAAAAAUCAGGAAACUGGUUGAUAUUUGGGAGCGUGGAUAUACUUUCCCCGCCCCCAUGCUUGCCUCCUUCAAAGAAAAACUAAACGCACCCGCAGCACACAAUGUUGAGUCCACUACACCCGAGGGUUCCCCAGCCCCAAAUUAUAUUCCUCUUGGGGGUCCUCAGCAGUCGCAGCUACUGCCACCAUCUAAUGGCGCAACAUCGACCACUCCUCAGUCGGUGCCGGAUACCUCUAGUAUAUUGAAAGCCCUCGCUGAUAUGGCCAAACAAAAUACAGCGGCUCCCCCAGCGUCAGCAGCGCCGGCAGUAGCACCGCAGUCUAAUCCCCUUGGUACUUUAACCCAGCAGAGUGCAGCUCCGCAGCCAGUGUCGUCCUCCGUAGACCAGGCAUCACAAUCCCAGAAUGGGCAGGCUAGCGUAAACCCAUUUACUGCUGGGGCUAUGGCGACACCUUUCGCGGCCUUGAGUAAUGUCGCUCAAAACACGGCAUUGGUACAACCGCAAAGCCAGAGUCAGACUCCAAACCCAUUGACUGCGACACAGAAUCCACUGGCUGCGCUACUACCACAGGCUACUACAGCCCCAGCCCACCCCUCUCCCGCUGUUGCGACCGAUGCGCUGCAACAGCAACUCCAGCUCUUGCAGCUCCUGGCCGCGCAGGGAAUUCCACAAGACCAGUGGGCCACCGCUCUGCAGAUCCUUAGUCUGUCUAAUGCCACUAACAUGGGUAACAUGAACCCUACCCAGGCUGCUGGCUUUAACUUACCAGGUCAAAACGUCAAUGCCUGGGGCCGUCCCGAUUCCCAAUCACGUGAGUUCGACCGGGACCGGGAACGGGACCGUGACUAUAUGCGCUCACCUCCAGGCCAGUAUCGUCGCCGUUCCCGGUCGCCAGGCUGGGAUAGACGUCGUGAUGCGUCCCCCCCUCGUCGCCGUGAUAGUCCUGUCUACGGCGAGUACCAUGGUGACUCUCCUGGUCGCAGAGGUGGUGAUCCCCGCGGCCGGCGUGGGAAUGAUUAUCGUCAGCGCAGCCCUCCUGGGCGUAGACGUCGUACUCCGUCUCCUCCCCGUAAGGACCCUACUCUGCCGCCUCCCGGGCCCAAAUUUAUUGAGUGGGAUUACUCCAUCGGCCAAGGCAAUAUUAAAGUUUUGAGUCGAACCCUUUUCGUUGGCGGUGUGACGUCAUCCGAGGCGCACUUGCGCUCUCUAUUCGGCAAAUUUGGCAUUGUCCAGACUUGUAUUGUCAACAUAGAUAAACGUCAUGCUUUCAUCAAGAUGAUCAGCCGCCAGGAUGCUGUGCAUGCCCGUGAAGGUAUGGAAUCCUAUAAGGCUGGGGACAUGCAACUUAGAACUCGAUGGGGUGUCGGAUUCGGACCGCGUGACUGUAGCGACUACCAGACAGGGAUUAGUAUAAUUCCGGUUGAACGACUCACGGAAGCAGAUCGGAAAUGGAUGCUCACUGCUGAAUAUGGUGGGACCGGAGGCAGACCCAUCGAGAGUGGCAUGGUCGUUGAAGAGCCAGAUAUCGAGAUCGGUGCUGGAGUCUCAUCCAAAGCUAUCAGCAGGCGGAUUGCAACUGACACCGGGGGCAAACGGGGCCCUAUCUCAUCCCGCACUCAGCAGGACCGCUUCCCCCGACCAGACCGGGACGGACCGUCGGCUAGAAUGGGCCCUGGUGGUCAUGGUGGCCAACCCGAUCGAGAUAUCGCCAACGCAAACAAUGUCGGCGUUCCUCCUGCUGUGCCCGGCUUUGGCUUUUCCUUUCCAGGUAUGCCCAUGUUCCCUCCAGGGUUCAUGAUGGGAGGAGCACAAGCAGGAACAUCUAGCGGGUCAUCACAGCCCCCACCCCCGGGCCAAGGGGGCAAUUAAGUUCUUGAUCAAGUUCGACCUGAUAAGGCAAAUAUUGCUACAGUGAAGACA